AUGGUCUCUAAAGGACCUACAGCUACAGGGCUUACCGGCAUUAGGGACCUUUAUAGGCCCUAUAACCGGUGCCUUGAUGACCUGUGGGGGGAAGCUGAUACCCUUAUAAAGGAGGCUAUCCUAGCUAUAGCAGCUAGAUCCCCUAGUGAGAUCCCUAAGGAGCCUAACCCGGCCCUUAUAGCCCUACCUACCCGGGAGGGAGGUCUAGGAAUUCCCCUACACAAGGAGCUAGCCCCACAGCUAUAUCAGGCAGCUAUAGAAGCAUCUCAACCUACCCUAGCUAGGAUUAGGGCGGCAGCUACAGGGGAUCCCCCCCCGAUAGCCCCUAUAGCCCCUAGAGGACCUACUGCUAAGGAAGUCCUUAUAGAGGCUAAUAAGGCGAAGCUAGGCUCCUUCCUACAGGACCUACCUACCCUAUACCAGCAGGCUAGGGUAGAAAACGCUAGCUACCUAGGCCCUAGGCACGAUACCGUGGUUAGAGCCUUCUAUAACGCCUUAGCUACAGAGCCUACCCUAGAGGUCCAGAAGGAACCCUUAGUGGAUAAGGCUACUAGCUUACGGGCUGAUAUAGCGGUUACUAUAGGGAAUAGCCGCUACUUCUACGAUGUUCAGAUCGUAGCUAUAGCUAAGGAUUCAGCUAGGUCAGACCCUUACGAGACCCUUAGAGAGGCUGCAGAGGAAAAACGCCGGAAAUACAGGACCCUAGGGGCCUUUUUUCAGCCUAUUAUUAUCUCUUCAGGGGGCCUUAUGGAGCUAGAGACCGCCAAGACCUACCGGAAAUUACAGGACCUUGUAGGGCCUGUAGCAGCUGCACAGCUUGAUUCCUCUAUUGCUCUAGCUCUUACAAGGACCCGGGCUAUCUCGGCUGCCUCUAUUAGUAAGGAAGCCCCUAGAGGGAUAGCUAGUUCCCUCUGGAACCCCUCUAGAAGAGACCCCUAA